GUUUAUAAGAACUCUUCCAUUUUUUUCUCUUUCUUCAUUCUGUACAGUAAAAGGAGCAGAGAAAAAGAAGAACAAACAGAGUCAUCAAAAUUUGGGGAAAAUUCUUACAAGAGAAACGCAUAGAUUUUGAUUUGAGGAAAAAAAGGGGUGGUGUUGAAGUGGAUUUGUGAUGGUAAGGAGUGUUUGGUUGUGAGUAAAAUUCGGUUUUGUUUGGGUUUUGGGUGGUUAGAGAAAAGAGCGAAAGAGAAGGAAGAUUGGAGAUAUGAAUAGAGGAGGAAUUGGAAUUGGAGGGCCAAUGCGAAAGUCCUUUAAGGACUCUCUCAAAGUUCUUGAAGCUGAUAUUCAGCAUGCUAAUACUCUGGCAUCUGACUUUCCCCGAGAGUACGAUGGAGCUUGCCUACAGAUGAGAAUGUCCUACAGUCCAGCAGCUCACCUAUUCCUUUUCUUAGUGCAGUGGACUGAUUGCCACCUUGCUGGUGCCCUUGGAUUGUUGAGAAUUCUUAUUUACAAGGUUUAUGUUGAUGGCACCACAACCAUGUCAGUUCAUGAAAGGAAAGCAAGCAUUAGGGAGUUCUAUGCUGUUAUUUAUCCCUCCUUACUUCAACUUGAAAGAGGUGUUACUGAUUCAGAAGACAAAAAACAAAAAGCAGUUUGCCAGGAGAGAUACAGGAGAAGAGAUGAUGAGGAUUACAGACAAUCUUCUGACUCGGAUAUUGAAAGGGAAGACGAAUGUGGAAUCUGCAUGGAAAUGAACAGCAAAAUUGUCCUUCCCAAAUGCAAUCACGCCCUGUGUUUGAAAUGCUAUCGUGAAUGGCGUUCGAGGUCACAAUCAUGCCCUUUUUGCCGCGAUAGCCUUAAAAGGGUAAACUCUGGUGAUCUGUGGGUAUACAUGGACAACAAAGACAUCGUGGACAUGUCAACGAUAACAAGGGAGAAUCUGAGGAGGCUAUUCAUGUUUAUAGAUAAGCUACCCUUGAUCGUUCCAGAUAAUGUUUUUGAUCACUAUGAUACUCAUAUAAGGUAGAUGAACAAUGCUUUCAUUGGGGGGGAUUGAUCAUACUAAAGAUCAAGAAAUUGGUCUCGCUAGAUUUAGAAAUGCAGGUGGAUUACUUUAUCACCUUCUGAUUAGAAGAACCCGACCGAGUCAUCGUGGUGCAGGGGUUGAAGCCAAGUUAGAUUAGCCAAAAAAAUGGAGCUUUUUAAUUGUACCUCCUAAUUUGUACAUGCCUGUACAGUUCCAGUUUAACUUCUUGAAAACACAAGUGUACCCUUUUGUUGUUUGUUUUCUAAUCUUCAAGUAUGCCAUAAAUGCCAGCAUUUGAGCUUUCUCAAGUGCAGAGUUUUAUGGUUGCUAUUUAUAAGAGUGUAUAAUAUAUGAUGUACUUAGAUACCAAUCUGUAAUUUUCCCUUUUUUUUGCAAGCAUUUGAA